UCUCGAACACCGUACAUUAUUCAUCAAGACUAAGCGUUUCUAAUACUGGAAACUUAUAUAUUGCAGUGAAUUAUUCGCAUUCUACAUUCAAAAAACAAAAACCGUACUUGAAUAAAAACAAGUUUUUUGAUAUAACGCCAUUUGCUUCCAGUGGUAGUAUUAUUUCGAACGAUACUAAAGUCAUCUUACCACAAACAUUUUCACAACUACAAAAUCGUUGGAUUUCUACAUCUCCUUUAACUUCUACAACAAUGUCUCAUUCUAAAGUUGUUAUUAUCGGAUCCGGUCCUGCCGGCCAUACUGCCGCUAUCUAUUUGGCCCGUGGUGAAUUAAGCCCUGUCAUGUACGAGGGUAUGCUUGCUAAUGGUAUUGCCGCUGGUGGUCAAUUAACCACUACAACCGAUGUCGAAAACUUUCCCGGAUUCCCUGACGGUGUCAACGGUACUGAGUUGACUGACAAGUUCCGUGCCCAAUCCGAACGUUUCGGUACUACCAUCGUCAGUGAAACCGUUUCAAAAUUGGAUCUUUCCUCUCGUCCCUUCAAGUUUUGGUUAGAAGGUGCUGAAGAUGGUGCUCCCCUUACCGCUGACUGUGUCAUUUUGGCUACUGGUGCUUCUGCCCGUCGUCUUCACAUCCCCGGUGAAGAAAAGUAUUGGCAAGCUGGUAUCUCUGCUUGUGCUGUCUGUGAUGGUGCCGUCCCUAUCUACCGUAACAAGCCUCUUGCUGUCGUCGGUGGUGGUGAUUCUGCUGCUGAAGAAGCCCAAUUCUUGACCAAGUACGGCAGUAAGGUCUACGUUUUGGUCCGUCGUGAUAAGCUUCGUGCUUCUCCCAUCAUGGCUAACCGUUUGCUUUCCAACCCCAAGGUUGAAGUUCUCUGGAACACCGUUGCCGAAGAGGCUCAAGGUGAUGGUAAGCUCUUAAACAAUCUUCGUGUAAAGAACACCGUUACUGGUGAUUCUUCUGAUCUUCAGGUCAACGGUUUGUUCUACGCUAUUGGUCACAUUCCUGCUACCGAUCUUGUUAAGGGACAAGUUGAAUUGGAUGCUGAAGGCUACUUGCAAACUAUUAACGGUACUCCUCACACCUCCAUCCCAGGAUUCUUUGCCGCUGGUGAUGUUCAAGACAAGGUUUAUCGCCAAGCCAUCACUUCCGCCGGAAGCGGUUGCCAAGCUGCCCUCCUUGCUAUGCACUACAUCGAAGAGUUGGAAGAUCAAAAGUCCAACUAAAUGUCCAGCUUAUGAUUCCACCGUCUAUACUCUACCAUCAAUACAAUACCUCUACUUUUUAUCUUUUUGAAUUUGUUCGUCCUAUAUCUAUGAACGAGAACAUUUCAUUUUCAUAGACUACCGAGUUGCUCUUUCCUUGCUAAGAGCUAGAUUUUGUUUAAUUGGUUAUACUACUAAAUAAUACUAGAUAUAUUCAAUUCAUUUAUGUUAACUC